CGCUGCCUCAUAGGGUGGACUUCCCCGUCCUCAUGCCCAUGCAUCGAGGCCACAAUGCUUUGCUUUCACCCGGCAACGCCUUUGGCCAUCCCCAGCACCGGGCGUUGCCCUCGCUGCAGGCUCUGUUCGGAAGAGAGAGCCGGCGCGGGAUCUCCUCGCCAAACCUGGAUUGUUCGCCUGAAGGUUCGCCUGAAGGAUGCAACACCCUUGGGUGGAGAUUCACUAGUCUAGACUUGUCCACGGGGUGAGUUAUUGCUAGGCCGUGACUGACUGUAUUGUUUAGU